AUGGGUCGAGAUAGAAGUCCAAAAUAUAGAAAAUCGCCUGAUCGACGACGUGACCGAAGUAGAGAACGAAGGAGAGAAAGUCCGCGGGAUCGAAGAAGAGAAAGUCCACGCCGAAUAAAAAAGGAAGAAUAUAGUAGUGAUGAGUGAGUUCAAUUUUUCAUUCUCGAUGCAGAAACUUAUUAGUUCAACACUGUUUUUUUCAAAUCAAAUUAUCAACCAAUGUUUUCAGAGAAUCGCGUCAUCGACGCAAUCGAAAUGACAGAGGAGAUCGAAGAAGAUCACCUGAUAAACGAAGAGAUGAUGGCAAAAAAUAUGGAUUGGAAGAGCAAAAAGAAAAAUGGGGAAAAUCAGGACUAUUAGAUAAUGUUAAAAAAGAAGAAGAAGAAAUUCCUCAAGAAGAAAAGAAGAAAGUGGAUCUCGGUGUUAGUGGUUUACUUACCGAAGAUACGAAUACUUUUCGUGGUGUUGUUAUUAAAUACAAUGAACCUCCAGAGGCCAAAAAACCAAAUGCUAGGUUCGUUUUUUUUUCAAUUUCGAAAUACCCUUUUCAUUUAAAUUCGCUUCGAUGCUAAAAUAUUUAUGAGGCAGCCAAACAAAAGAAUAUAAAUGGAAAAUGUCGUUUUUAUUUUCAGAUGGAGACUAUAUCCUUUCAAAGGGGAAGAAGCAUUACAAGUAUUAUAUAUUCAUAGACAAUCAGCGUAUUUAAUUGGAAGAGAUCAUAAAAUUGCCGAUAUUCCAGUUGAUCAUCCAAGUUGUAGUAAACAACACGCUGUUUUGCAAUUCAGGUAUGAUUUUUGAAAUUAAAUUGGAAAUAUCAAAUUCAUUGAUGUUUUAGAUCAAUGCCAUUCACUCGUGAUGAUGGUUCGCGUGCUCGUCGAAUUAUGCCAUACAUUAUCGAUUUGGGAAGUGGAAAUGGCACAUAUCUGAAUGAAGAAAAAAUUGAACCCCAAAGAUAUAUUGAAUUGAAAGAGAAAGAUAUGCUGAAAUUCGGAUUUUCGACUCGAGAAUAUGUUGUUAUGAAAGAGAAAGAAAUUGUUGAAGAAUCUCAAGAUGGACCUAAACAAGAGCCAGAUUCCGAAUGA